AUGUGGCUUCACCGCGGGCCGGAGCUGGCGCGGAGGCGCGGUGUCGGCGGCGGCAGCGCAGGUGCCGGGAGGGCGUGCGGUCUCCGGCGAGGCCGGGAGGCGCCGGGGGGAAACCGCCUCCUUCCUGCCCUGGCGGCGAGACGAGCGCGGGGCCGCAGCUGCGGCAGCAGCGCCAUGUGCCAGCGGCGCCGCGAGGGACCGGCGAGCUGGCACCUGGCAGCCCCGCGGAGAGCCGGGGGCCGCUGCCACCCGCCGCGGGGGCUCGGCGCAGUGUCGGGCGGGCGGCAGCGGGGCCCGCGGCGGUGGCGGGCCCGGCUCAGCAGCCUCCGUGCCGCAGGCUCCGGGGAGCUGCGUCUGGUGGGCGGCGGCGGGCGCUGUGCCGGGCGCGUGGAGGUGAAGCACGGCGGUGAGUGGGGCUCCGUGUGCGCCUUCGACUUCGACUGGGAAGCUCGCUGGGCCGUGGUGGUGUGCCGGCAGCUGGGCUGUGGCCGGGUGGCCAGGGCGUCCCUGCACGCCCCGUUCGGGCAGGGCAGCGGGCGGAUCUGGCUGCAGCCCGUCUUCUGCAACGGCACCGAGGACGCGCUGAAGAACUGUUCGCACUUCGGAUGGGGACGGCAUUUCUGCGGCCACGAGUGGGAUGUGGGGGUGACCUGCGCAGAUGCCGUGGAGCUGAGGCUGGCGGGCGGCGGCAGUCCCUGUGCCGGGAGGGUGGAGGUGAAGCUGCAGGGACACUGGGGCUCGGUGGCAGACGACAGCUGGGACAUGGAGGACGCCGAGGUGGUUUGCCAGCAGCUGGGCUGUGGCUCGGCUUCCGGUGCCUUCUCUGCCCGUGACCGCUUUGGCACAGGGGACGGGCUCGUCAGCCUGGUCAUGGUGGACUGCCGUGGGGACGAGACCACGCUCUGGGACUGCGAGAUCCGUGGCUGGGGACCCUAUAACAGGAGCAUUAGUGUCUCGGACACUGCUGUUGUCUGCCAAGGUAGGAGCUGGGCUUGUGGGUGCGUGUGGCAAUUCAUGCACAUCCCUUGA